AUGUCUAAUUUUGGUGUCUGGGUCAGAGGAAACUCGGGCUACAAACGUGUAUCAGUCAUGAUGUCUAAUUUUGGUUUCUGGGUCAGAGGAAACUCGGACUACAAACGUGUAUCAGUCAUAAUGUCUAAUUCUGGUGUCUGGGUCAGAGGAAACUCGGGCUACAAUUGUGUAUCAGUCAUAAUGUCUAAUUCUGGUGUCUGGGUCAGAGGAAACUCGGACUACAAACGUGUAUCAGUCAUGAUGUCUAAUUCUGGUGUCUGGGUCAGAGGAAACUCGGACUACAAACGUUUAUCAGUCAUGAUGUCUAAUUCUGGUGUCUGGGUCAGAGGAAACUCGGACUACAAUUGUGUAUCAGUCAUGAUGUCUAAUUCUGGUGUCUGGGUCAGAGGAAACUCGGACUACAAUUGUGUAUCAGUCAUAAUGUCUAAUUCUGGUGUCUGGGUCAGAGGAAACUCGGACUACGAACGUGUAUCAGUCAUAAUGUCUAAUUCUGGUGUCUGGGUCAGAGGAAACUCGGGCUACGAACGUGUAUCAGUCAUGAUGUCUAAUUCUGGUGUCUGGGUCAGAGGAAACUCGGGCUACAAACGUGUAUCGGUCAUUAUGUCUAAUUCUGGUGUCUGUGUCAGAGGAAACUCGGGCUACAAUUGUGUAUCAGUCAUGAUGUCUAAUUCUGGUGUCUGUGUCAGAGGAAACUCGGGCUACAAUUGUGUAUCAGUCAUGAUGUCUAAUUCUGGUGUCUGGGUCAGAGGAAACUCGGGCUACAAACGUGUAUCAGUCAUAAUGUCUAAUUUUGGUGUCUGGGUCAGAGAUAACUCGGACUACAAGCGUGUAUCAGUCAUAAUGUCUAAUUUUGGUGUCUGGGUCAGAGGAAACUCGGGCUACAAACGUGUAUCAUUCAUAAUGUCUAAUUCUGGUGUCUGGGUCAGAGGAAACUCGGGCUACAAACGUGUAUCAGUCAUAAUGUCUAAUUCUGGUGUCUGGGUCAGAGGAAACUCGGGCUACAAACGUGUAUCAUUCAUAAUGUCUAAUUCUGGUGUCUGGGUCAGAGGAAACUCGGGCUACAAACGUGUAUCAGUCAUAAUGUCUAAUUCUGGUGUCUGGGUCAGAGGAAACUCGGGCUACGAACGUGUAUCAGUCAUGAUGUCUAAUUCUGGUGUCUGGGUCAGAGGAAACUCGGACUACAAACGUGUAUCAGUCAUGAUGUCUAAUUCUGGUGUCUGGGUCAGAGGAAACUCGGACUACAAACGUGUAUCAGUCAUAAUGUCUAAUUCUGGUGUCUGGGUAAGAGGAAACUCGGGCAACAAACGUGUAUCAUUCAUAAUGUCUAAUUCUGGUGUCUGGGUCAGAGGAAACUCGGGCUACAAACAGGUGUCGUUCAUAAUAUCAAGUUCUGGGGUCUGGGUCAGAGGAAACUCGGGCUACAAACGGGUAUCGGUCAUAAUAUUUAAUUCUGGGGUCUGGGUCAGAGGAAACUCGAGCUACAAACGUGUAUCGGUCAUUAUGUCUAAUUCUGGUGUCUGGGUCAAAGGAAACUCGGACUACAAACGUGUAACAUUCAUAAUGUCUAGUUCUGGUGUCUGGGUCAGAGGAAACUCGGGCUACAAACGUGUAUCAGUCAUAAUGUUCAAUUCUGGUGUCUGGGUAAGAGGAAACUCGAGCUACAAACGUGUAUCAGUAAUGAUGUCUAGUUCUGGUGUCUGGGUCAGAGGAAACUCGGACUACAAACGUGUAACAUUCAUAAUGUCUAGUUCUGGUGUCUGGGUCAGAGGAAACUCGGGCUACAAACGUGUAUCAGUCAUAAUGUCUAAUUCUGGUGUCUGGGUCAGAGGAAACUCGAGCUACAAACCUGUAUCGGUCAUUAUGUCUAAUUCUGGUGUCUGGGUCAGAGGAAACUCGGGCUACAAACGUGUAUCAGUCAUGAUGUCUAGUUCUGGUGUCUGGGUCAGAGGAAACUCGGACUACAAACGUGUAACAUUCAUAAUGUCUAGUUCUGGUGUCUGGGUUAGAGGCAAUCAGCUAAACCGUCGAGAUAACAAGAUAGGUAAGAGUGAAGUCAAUCGAUGGAACGGCAAUGCACUCUGGGAGAGGCGUGAAGUACGAUAG